CGUGUGCGUGGGCCAGAAUGGAGAAAAUCUGAGGAAGGAAUAGCGAAAAACAGGGCCAAGAAGACGCGGAAUGCGGAAAAUCGGCCAGCAAAGGAAGCAGAACGGAGCAGAACCGUGAAACAGUUGCAAGAGAGGCGCGCGCGCGGUCAGAACUCGGCGACGGCAGCGUGGGGCAUGCAAAUUAUGCCAAAUAGCCAAAUCGAAAGGCAAACGCAAACGAGCAGCGCCGACCAAAGACCACAAAAUGCAACGGAGCACCGGAACAGGGACGCCAGAUAGCGGGAAGGGUGCGGCGACUGCAACGACAGCAUCAUCAGCAUCAGUAGCGCCAUUAACGACGGCGUCCAGCGGGAGCACCUCCACCAGUGAUGCCGGAGGUGGGGGCAGCACUGGCAGAGGGAGCGAGAGAGGGACCAUCAUCGAGAGUGGAUCUGCUGAUCCAUUAACGACCAGCACAACGAUUAGCUGCAAACAGCAACCCAAGGAUCUGAAUGAUCAGAAGGAUCAGUCUCUGCUGGCCAAGGAGCAGCCGGUGGCCAUCCACUAUCUGGCCAGCUUCCAUGAGAUCUGUGUGGUCACCGCUCUGCUGCCACUGGUGACGCUCUUCACGUGCUUCGUGACCGCCUACGCCUUCCAGUACGACGAUGUACACGAGACACAUUGCCGCGUCUACAACAUAAUACCUUCGAUAAGUGCAAUUACUGGCGUCAGUCCGCAGCGCUAUUUCUGGCGCUUCAGCAUUGCGCUCCACAUCGGACCGCGCAUCCCCAUCGCCUUCGUCUACAAGAACUACUAUUGCUCCCAGCUGCGCCGGCUGGCCCCCGCCCAGGUGUCCCAGACGAACCUGCUGAUCACGCUGAUCCUGGUGCUCAACUGCAUCGAGAUAGCUGCCCUGGGCGGAGUCACCUAUAUAUCGAAUCGAGAGAAUUAUCCCGUUCAUGAGCGAAUUUUCAUCACGUUCAUGGUCUGUUCUCUGUGCUACAUGCUGGCCACCAUCAAGCUGAACGGCAUCCUCAACUCUGGACAGGAGCUGAGUGAGCAGCAGCGCCUCUCCAUCAAGUGGAAGAAGAUACUCUUCGCUGUCUCCAUUCUGAGCACCAUUGGGCUGUUGGUGUUCUUUGCCAAACACCGUUUCUACUGUCAUGAUUUGGCCUUCAGUUGGUUCGCAUUCUUCGAGUACUUGAUCGCCAUCGCCAAUAUGCUGUUCCACUUCACCAUUAUCUGGGACUUCCCCUCGCAGUUCAUGCUGAUUGUUCAAGGACCUCGGGAUAAUCUCUCCCAGUACUUGAACAGCAGGCCGAAGGUGGACUAGAAUGGCACGUCGUCGACCACCCACCUGGACCUAGUUUUUUUUCCCCAGUGUACAGUGUGUUUGUGUUAUUUUUUUUUUAACGUAAAAUUUCCAUACGUACAACUAACGAACUUCUUCAAAUUUAAAACUAAGCGCUUCCACACCCCCAAAAAAAAAAAACAGAAAACGAAAUGAGUCUUUAUACAUUUUCUUCGAUUCUCCCAACCACCCGGAUACACUUAAACGAAAGCUAGAAACCAAAAAUGUUCCAUAGUUCCAAGAAAUUAAAUAAAUUAUUGAAAAAGAAAAGAUACAGGCAUGUACUAUAUGCAAUAGGUCGGUUUAGAAGACAUACGGUUCUAUGUACACAUUCUAAAUAAAUGAAAUAAGUUACCUACAAUCUAAGUGCACCCAGAAACCCCAGAAUGAAAAUAAUUAAUAAUGCCUAGUGGAUCGCAGCUCGCCAAAGAUCUCAAGUCAAUUUUGAAAAUUUCCGAAUCCGAAAAAAGAGAAAAACCAAAUACUUAAAAAAGAAAAUAUCGAAGAAAACGAAAAGCGUUUCAUUUCUUAGGCAAUUAGAAAUCGAAUUACUUACCACUUAGUACAUAUCGUUUAUACAAAAAGAAUGUAACAUGUUUGCGGGGAUAAUGAGGGGAUUAUAGGGGUCCUAUUGGCCCGAUUCCCGAUCCGAGAUACACUGUAAACAAAAUCCAGACAAUAGACAUUAAGCUGCGAAAUCGAGGGCAACGAAAUUACCAAUAGUAGUGGCACACGGAUUGAAGGUUUAGUGAUGGGGGCUAGAUACGAAAAAAAUGUUUUUUAAUUCGAAAAUGCCACUUUUUGAAAUUGAAAAAUAUGUUUUUUUUUUUCACUAAAUACCCAUCACUAUGUCCCUGAAAUCGGCAAAUCAAGAUGAAACACAGACUAUACCAAAAAGUAGUAAUUAAAAAAUUGUUCUUAGCCAACUUGAAUAGUGAAAUUUAAAAAAAAAAAAAAACAAUAUAAGAAUAAAAACAAACUGAAUAUUAAGAAACAGAACAGUAUGCGGGUGCGAAGCAAACAUUUUUCCAUUUUUUAGGCUUUCCGUUGUAAGUAGGGGCACUAAAUAAAUAUAUAUAUUUAUAUAGCUAACCGAAUUGUAAACCAGACUAGGAUCUAUAUACACAAACAUAUAUUUUACAGUAAACGGAAAACCGUAACAGUAUCGGGUAUAGAUAUUUUUUUCCAAAAAAAUAGAAGCGAGUAUUUAGCUGAAAUCGAAGAAAAGAGUUCAAAAAAAAAAACGAUAACUUUGUACUAUACACAGCGGAAGUCGAAAAGUUUUAUUCUAUAAGUAAUACUUAUGAUUACUAUCAUUAUAAUUAAUUACGAGAGACCGGAUGAGGAGCUCCCCCCUUUUAAGGAAAUAACAUUGUAGCUAAACCAAUGAAACAAUUGUUAAAUUUCACACGAAAUUGUAUUACUUGAGCGUUAUAUAUAUAUUGUAUAGAGACAUAUGUUAUGCAAUAGUUGAGUUGCCAGCUUGCACCUGCGAUCGAGCAAAUAUAUAUGAUAUUAUAUUAGUACCCUGCUUCCAUAACCCUCUCUCUCUCUAUCUCUCCCAUCUCGCUCUAUUCCAUAUAGUUUGUCUCACUCAUUUAGGUUCUAUCCAAAAUCUUUUUCAAAAAUUAAAAAAUGUGCCUCUCCCUUUCGCUCCAUGAAGAUAUGAUAUGUACUUCCAGAAUAAUGCUCUAUAUACACUCCACAUAAUACCAUAUAGGAUAACUAUAUCGCAUCACUUACCCGGCUAUUUUCGAAUUAAUUUUAUAUGGCAGCGGCUUCUGGGAUUUAUACUCGUAGGUACUGGUCAGUCACUUUUUAAAAUGCAACUUUUUACCUUUUUGCAUAACUUUUUAGGCGACACAACGUAAGAGAAUUAAUGCAAAAACAAAAAAAAACAGAAAACUUAACUAUGAAAAAAAAUAAAAACAAAUAUGUAAACUUUGUAGCUUCCUAAUUUGAAUAAAGAUUAAUACAAACUAAGAUGGCUUUUAAUGCACACUCGAAGAAAAAGAGACUUCAUUUUGGAAGCACUUAAUUAGAUAUUUUCUGUUUAAUCAUAUAAUUUGUAAAUUAUUUACAUUUUUUUGUAGCGCAUUACACAUAAGUGGGGGGAUUGGUGUUUAUGGUCUUCUAUUUGCCUUAUUUUUUAGCAAAACAUUAGUGUAGGUCAUAUAAUACUUGUACAUAUAUACGGUCAUAUGUUGGGUCAAAUAGUCAAAAGGUCAAGGCUAGGUAUUUUCUGAUUCGUCAUCGGGGUAGAAACCAAUUUCACGAUGUAACAGCCCAGCGGAUAAGAGGGCUAACUCAGGAUCGGUAUACGAGUAUGAGAAUAUAUAUGUACAGCCAUUAUAUGAAGGCGAAUGGCGUGGAGGUAAUGGGUGGAUGUGGAUGUGGAUGGGGGAAUGGUGUUAGCGUUUUGGCUUACAAUUAUAAUUCAGUACGA